AUGCACUAUUCCAAGUUCCUUAGCAUUGUGGCAUUUGGCAUUUAUACAAAUGCUUUACCCAUCAGCCCCUGCAGUUGCACCUCUCCUCAUGUCGACGGCAGCAAGAGCAGUAGCGACUUCAAUAUAGCCGCUGGAGCCGCUGCUGCAAAGGCAAACGAUGCUGCGAAAAUUCUUCCUCGUCAUUGCGGACUGUGCGGGCUUCAAGGGUGUUCGCCUAGUGGUAGCAAUGGCAGCAAGGGUAGCAAGGGUAAGUAA